CCAGAGUCGUAAAAGCAGCCAACGUGGUUUUUUGAAGAUGGCGGCAACGACGCCGGUGGCUGGCGAGCCUGGCGAGCGACCGUCGAUAAGAAUGGACAUAAGCUACACCUUCGACGAGUGCAACCAAGAUCUGGUCGCCGAACUUCUGGGAAGAUUAAAGGCGGUCAACUCCGUAUUGACGGAGCCCCUCGGGCGGACUGAAGACGUCGAGAAGCCAGCGACGCCGCUGGUGCACUUCGUGGACCCCGGAGACUCGGAACCCAUGUCCGAUAUCCUGGGCAUGGAGGCGCUGGACGGACUCGACGAGCGGCCUGUGGCUCGGCAGGAUCAGGAGGUCUACGACAGGCAGGAAGUGGACGGCCUGGAGGUCGCCGGUGUACCGGACGACCUGGCAGAACUGCCCGAAGAAAUCCAGCUCGGCAUUGCCAAGAUCAAGGAGAGCCUGCACUGUUCCGACGGAUCGGCCGCCGACCUGCUCGACCUCCGCUUCCUGGCGACUGCAAAUCCCGAAACGGUGGCAGCCGUCUGCGACGAAAUGGAGACGGAAUCCGUCUCGGAUGCGAAGAUGGCCGCCCUGCUGCGCUCGUUCGUGGAGCUCAAGUCUGAGACGAGCUUGAUCAACGGAGUGGUCUUCACAAAACGGGCCCUCCUGCCAAAGAUAGAAAGCUGGAAGGAGAGCUCGGCGCCCCGACUCCUGGUCGAGUCGAUCGCCGCGUUUGUGACGGCGCUGCCGCAGGUCAGCGUGGAAGGACUGCUUGUGCCGCUCGCCCAGCUGGCCCACCCAGGCAAGGCCCAGGGAGAGGUCCUGCAGGCUGCAGCAAAGGAGGGCAUCCCCAAGGACUACGCUCCUCUCUGCCUCAGACGAAUUUUGCAGGAGUCUAAAGCCAACACCGAGGCGAUGAUUGGUCUCAUCCACUGCCUCGUCUCCAAGAGGGGUCCCCUGGAGGGUGUGCUCCCAGAGCUUGUGGGCUGGCUGCUGGCUGCGAAGGAGGAGCACAGUGGAGACGCCAGGUUUGCAAAGCUGCUCGUGGAUUUCCUGAGCAUCUGCGGACCUCAGAUGUCUCCGGACCAGCUGGAGAGCAUGUCCGGUGUCGUCAGUGCUAAUCGAACGUUUCUUAAGAAGCCCAUUGAAAAUGUGUUCCGUAAACUCGCAAGUUGACCGCCGAGAAGCAGAGGUCUGAUCUGUGAUUGGAGCGGCCAAUGUUCAACUGGGCUCAAAGGUGUCUUCAUCACGGUUCUUGUGCAAGGGAUGCAUGCUGCUAGUGUCCCAUCUGAACUGCAUUUUGGUUGUAAAUAUAAGCGAAAUAUUUUGAGGUGA